ACAGUUCAGCCAGUUUGACAGUUCGAUCUUGGAAGUCAAGUGGGCUCUGUGGUCACCAAAAACCCAACGUUUUACUAGUAUUUAAAUGAGUUAAUUGUUACAAAUUAAAUUAAGUCUGGAUGCAGUUCAUAAAACACAGUGUAGUGUUCGUCAAGAAGUUAACUGACAACCGCUUGAAAACAUUUUACUUUUACAGUACCAUAAGUUUAACCGCAAACAAAUCCACCACCACGAACAAAAUGGACACACCAAACCUAGUUGUACGGAGAGUCGAAAAUAUCAUCAAAUCGCAAGAGGACAAACGGCUGUACCGAGGCCUGGAGCUCGCCAACCACAUGAAAGUGCUGCUGGUUAGCGACCCCACGACCGACAAGUCUGCAGCGGCUCUGGACGUAAACGUUGGGUACAUGAGUGACCCCAAGGAAGUCCUAGGGCUGGCGCAUUUUUGCGAACACAUGCUUUUUUUGGGUACCAAGAAGUACCCAAACGAGAACGACUACAGCAAGUUUUUGAGUGAGCACGGGGGCAGCAGCAACGCCGCCACUUACCCGGAUCACACAAUAUACUAUUUUGACAUAGUACCUGAUGAACUGAAUAAUGCUCUGGAUAGAUUUUCGCAGUUUUUCAUCGCCCCGUUGUUUACUGAAAGUGCGACUGAUCGAGAAGUGAACGCUGUUAAUUCCGAACACGAGAAAAAUAUACCCAGUGACGUUUGGCGGAAGGACCAGUUGGAUAAGCAUUUGGCGCACCCCAACCACUCCUACCAUACUUUUGGAACGGGUAAUAAAUAUACUUUGGACACGUUACCAAAAGAAACUAACAUCAAUGUCCGUGAUGAGUUAUUAAAGUUCCAUGAGAAAUGGUAUUCAUCUAAUAUAAUGUGUCUGGCAAUAUUGGGAAAGGAAACUCUUGAUGAACUGGAAGAAAUGGUGGUCAAACUAUUUUCAGAAGUGAAAGAUAAGUCUGUAGAGUCCCCCAGGUGGGAGGAGCACCCAUUUAAAGAAGAACACUUCGGGACGUGCGUGUACAUGUACCCCAUUAAAGAUGUCAGGAACUUGAAUAUAGUUUUCCCAUGUCCAGAUCUUCAAGAGUAUUACAAGUCUUCACCGUCGCACUAUAUUAGUCACUUGAUGGGGCACGAGGGUCCUGGGAGUAUUCUGUCGACGUUGAAGGCGCGCGGAUGGUCGAAUAAUCUGGUAGCUGGUAGUAGACCGGCGCCUCGAGGUAUGGGUUUCUUUGGGGUGACUGUGGAUUUAACCGAAGAAGGAAUUAAGCACAUUGAUGACAUUGUCGAGUUGAUUUUUCAGUAUAUGAACAUGUUGAAGGAGCAGGGUCCGCAGAAAUGGGUGCAGGACGAAAAUAGGGACAUCGGGAACAUGCUGUUCAGGUUCAAGGAUAAAGAGUCGCCGAGGAGUUACAUUUCGGGGUUGGUUCACACGUUACAAGACUACGCGAUGGAGGAUGUGUUGAGUUGUAUGUACUUAUUUUCCGAGUGGAAACCCGACAUUAUUGAGAGUAUAUGGAGCGAUUUUGUGCCUGAAAAGAUCCGAAUCGUGGUUUUGGCCAAGCAGUAUGAGAGUCAGUUGGAUGAGGUUGAGCCGUUUUAUGGGACAAAGUAUAAAGUGAAGAAAAUCCAGGAGAGCACGUUACAGAAGUGGCGCGACGCUGGUCUCUCAGACAACCUGAAAAUGCCCGAAAAGAACGAAUUCAUCCCCACGGAUUUCCAGUUGUUCACAAUCGACAAGGAUAUUACAGAACACCCGACAAUUAUUCAAGACACUGCGUUAACCAGAGUGUGGUUCAAGCAAGACGAUACGUUUCUCUUACCCAAGGCCAACGUCAUGUUCGAUUUUGUCAGUCCUUUGGCUUAUUUGGACCCCCUCAACUGCAACCUCACCCACAUGUUGGUACAAUUAUUCCGAGACGCUUUAAAUGAGUACGCGUACGCAGCUGAACUCGCUGGCUUAAAGUGGGAGCUUAUCAACACAAAAUACGGGUUAAUUCUCGCGAUUGGUGGCUACAGCAAUAAACAACACAUUUUGUUGGAUAAGGUGAUGGAAAAAUUGACGCAUUUUAAAGUGGACCCCAAACGGUUCGAAAUUUGCAAAGAAAACUACAUCAGGAACUUGAAGAACUUCGCCGCCGAGCAACCAUAUCAGCACGCCGUCUACUACUUAGCUGCCUUACUAACUGAACACUCGUGGACUAAACAAGAGCUUUUAGCCGCCACAGACCAGCUGACUCUCGACAAACUGGAAGCUUUCAUUCCGCAAAUCCUCUCCAAGAUGCACAUCGAAUGCCUCAUCCACGGCAACGCCAACAAGGAAAAAGCGCUCCAGCUCGUCCAAAUCGUGGAAGACCGCCUCCUUUCGGCCCUCAACAUGUCGCCCCUCCUCCCCAGGCAGCUCCUACUUAACCGCGAGCUCAAACUCGAAGACGGCUGCAACUACGUGUACGAAGUCCAGAACGACGUGCACAAAGAGUCGUGCAUCGAACUCUACUACCAGUGUGGGCUGCAAUCAAAAGAGAACAACAUGAAACUCGAACUAUUUGCUCAAAUCAUCCAAGAACCGUGUUUCGAUAUCUUGCGAACCAAAGAACAGUUGGGGUACAUCGUUUUCAGCGGGAUCAGGAGGUCGAACGGGGUGCAGGGGUUGCGGAUCAUCGUGCAGUCGGACAAGCACCCGACGCACCUGGACGACCGGAUCGAGGAGUUCUUGAAGAACAUGUUGACGCACUUGGUGAACAUGCCGGAGGACGAGUUCGCGAGGCACCGGGAGGCGCUGGCGGCGCAGAGGCUGGAGAAACCGAAGCAGUUGUCCACGCAGACGAAUAUUUACUGGGGGGAGAUCACGGCGCAGCAGUAUCAUUUCGACAGGGCGAACGUGGAGGUGGGGUAUCUGAGGACGUUGACGAAGGAGGAUAUCGUCGAGUUUUUUAAGAACUUGCUCGAAGAAAACGCGCAACUGCGGAAGAAACUCUCGGUCCAUGUGGUUUCCAUGGCGGACGGAGGCGCCGGUACUCUAUCCGAAAAAGAAUUCACUGCCACAGACCGGCAAAACAAACCCUCAGUAGUGUGCGACAUCACCGUCUUUAAGAGCUCUCACGAGAUGCAUCCUCUUGUUCAGCCUUACAUCAACAUAACACGCAAGGGAAACAAGUGCAAACUUUGAUUAGAAAUUUCAACUAGGAAGUGAAUAAAUACUUCAACAAGCUGUGUGCAUUUUACACUUAGGUGAUUGUAGCGUAAAGGGUUCACUAAUAAUGUUUUAAUGUGUGAUAAAGUUAGUUCAAGUCUACGUGUGGAAUACGUCGUGUUAACAAAAUCCAUUCAGUAUUUCAAUGUCAAACACGCCAUAAUUUUGCACGUGGAUUUGAAUUAGCGGUGGGGGUUUUGGGGCAAUAACUGUUAACAGAGACACUCUUCACUCAUCUUUCAAGUUUUAAAAUGUGAUUACGAAAAUCAAAACCGAAACAGAAGCACCACAGAAACGAGAAAUGCAGUCGAUAAAUAGGUUUCAAAAUACUAAUUGUGAUUUUUUUUACUACAACAGUGAACUGUUAUUUCUCCAAGGACCUGAAUUGUAGUGCAUAUUUAAUAAAUCACUUUUGAUUUAA